CGACGGAACUACAGUAAGCGUUAAGCGAUGGCGUUACCCAAAUGAUAUUGUCGUGUGCAGUUGUCGUUUCAUUAACGGACCCUUUACAUUUCUAGCGGCAGAGCAAUUUCUGUGGAUUUGAGAUAAUAACAAACCGCGUGUGAAAGGUCCACUUAAAGUCAGGAUACAAGAUGAUGCCAACAAUGCCACCAGAUUCUCAUAAAAUUUCUUUAAAAAUAAUUGAAGCAAUCAAGCAACAUCCUGUUCUCUAUAGUUCUGAAGUUAAGGGAUCUUCCAUUAAGCUUCAAGAAUUUAAACAGAAAGUUUGGAAACGUAUUUCGGAUGAGCUUGGUCUUGAUCCAACUUGGGUUAGAUUAAGGUGGAAAAAUCUACGGGAUACCUAUUGCCGCAUCUUAAAGUACAAAAAUAAGACUGAGAAAGGUGUUAGAAGAAAGAAAUGGAUUUUUGAAGAUCAUUUGAGUUUCUUAAAAUUUCCGUACGAAUCAGAUUAUCAACCACAAAGUAUAGAAUUGUCAGAAGAAUACAUACAAGAUAUAAAUGCAGGUGGAAUAAGUUCGGAAGGUCUUCUUGAACAAUUGGAAGAUCGCAAUGAUGAAGAUUAUAGCGAAUACUUAGAGGUACUAGAAGAGACAACGGCUGAUCCAGUUUUAGUGGAUACUGAACCUUUGGAAAUGUUAAAUACCAGUGAUCAACAUUUAGCUGAGAAUAUACAAAUAGAAAAUGACCAAAUACAACAACAUCAUCAAGAUGUGGAUACUUAUGUUCAACAAAUACAAUCAAAAUAUAGAAAGAUAAGACCGAAGAGGUUAAAGGUGGAACAUCCGUCUAGUACAGAGGUGCCUAACACGUAUAGUAUUUUAAAGACUCCUUCGAAAACUAAAAACAUGGUCUCUAUUGAUAACAAUCCUAUAACUACACCUAUUUUCAUAACCAGUUCAUCUACUACAACUACACCUACGACGCCUAUAAAAGGAUUAAAUAAUGUACAAGAAGAUGGAGAAAGGAAUCUAGAACAAGUUUAUCUAGCGCCGGAAGGCAAAAGCAGUAUAGAACUGUUUUUUGACAGUAUGGCACAAACAGUCAAGAGAUUACCACCAAAAGCACAAGCUGACAUAAAAAUGAAUAUUUGUAAAAUUGUUACAGAGGCAGAGGUACGAUUUUCGGGACAAAAUACGGCACAAAGUACGCAACAAUUUAUAACACCGCCAGGCAUGAUUCCAAAACUGGUAUUGAUUCCUUGUAAUAUGAUAGACCAGCAGAAUAAUAAAGGUUGACAGUUUCUAAAUUGUAGAUACUAUCACUGGGAGAACUUAUUCUUCAAAAUGUUUCUUCAUUUUUAUGCAAUAUUAAUAUAAAAUUUUUUUUGUCGUUCGAAGAUUUUUAUAUUUUAACAAAGCAUUUUGUGUCGAGGCUGUGUAGAAUAUAAAGAAUCUUCUUAUUAAUAUUUGUAUGCUUUUUGUACAAAUCUAUAAUCUCGCUCUAUCGGAAUUGUUAUUUUUUCUUUUUUUCUGUGCUAUUUUUAGUAGAAGUAUUAAAAAUAUUUUAUAUUUUUAAUCAUAUAUAUUUAUGGUGCUGUGUCUUUCCUCGGCUAUUUUAAUUUGUUAAUCAGGAAAAAUUUCAAUCAUGACUAUAGAAACUUAUUUCAAUGAAAAAUAAAAUAUUGAGGGAUGCAGUGAGAGAGAGAGAGAGAGGGGGGGGGGUGAGAAAGCUUUGGAUAAAUUAAUGAAUUUGUAAAUCGGAAAAUUGGAAAUGUAAUGAAUUAACUCAUUUUCGCUGUUAACAGAUUAAUACGACUUAGUAAGGGAAACAAUUUAAAUUGUAUAUAUAUAUAUAACAAAUCUGUUGUAAAUAUCGAAAAACACAUUCAUCUAUUGUGUAUUAAACAAUUUUUAAUAAAAUGAAAGAAUUAAA